AUGACAUCUUACUUGAGUCAAUUGAUACCUCGAUUGAGUCUAAAUGGAGGGUCAAACAAGUAUAUCCAAACAGAACAAGCAAAGACUCCCAAACUACAAUACAUCACCAUCUUCAAUCCCAGUUAUGUCAAUGCUAAAGAUGAAACCAAUGAAGAAUUAAUGAAACAAAUCAUUAGUUUCAUUUCCACCAAUGAUGGAGAUGAAUUAGAGUCUAAUAAGGUGGAGCAACUUCGAAUUAUUGGUUUGAUACAAGCAAUUGAAGGUUUGUCAGGUACCUUUGAUGAAAGCAAAGAUACGAAUAUCAUCAAAUCAACCAAAUCAAGUAUCAUAGUCAAACGACUAGAAGGUGAUUUUAUCUUAGCUUGUUCAAUAUCAAUGCCAGAAAAUGGUAUUAAAGAAUCAUCCAUAAACCAUCAAAUGAUUCAAUUGAUAAGCCAAAGUUAUGACUUCUUCAAGAUCUUAAAUACAAGUUUCCAGAAUAUUUUAGAUAACUACAACAGAGAUAUUUUGAAAAAUCUAAUACAAGAACAUUGGGGAGGGUUCUUAGUCAAUUUCAACAGUGAAAACUUCAAAUUCCCACCAACAGUUAAGUGGCCUAAUAGUCUAAACUAUCGAGGGUUUUUGGGGUUUUUUGGAAGUUAUAAAAAAUCAUCAGUUGAGUUCAAUUAUAAUUCCAAAGUUGAAAUCGACGAAUUUUGUCAAACUCAAUCAGUCCCCAUGCAUGGGAUAAUCAUAAGCUAUUUUGACAAACUUUUACCCAAGAAAUAUGGUUUGGUUUACAGUAAUAAUCUCUUCGAUGACACUAUUCAAGAUUAUCCGAUUCUGGAAGAAUCAUUGAUUAAAAUUUAUAAUUUGAUAGAAUACUAUGAGUAUCAUGAAAAGUUAAAUACUGAACAGUUCACCAAAUUAAGUAAUGAUGAUUUGUUCUCAUCCCCUAAAAUCAUGAAAGAUACCAUUAAUGUGGAAAUCGAGGAAGAAGACGAAGAAGCUGGUUUUUUCGCCAAUACAACCAACACAGCAAUGGAUAUAUUGAAUCCCAUCAAUAUAACGAAUAACUUGGUUAUUUCACCUAUUAAUUACACCAUGAAUAGUAUGAAACAAUUAAGUGAUACGUCCAACUGGUUAAAAAUUCCAUCUUAUUUGAAAUUCGGUGUUGUUGAAGAAGCGCCCGAACUCGAACAAAGCGAUGAUGAAGACGAAGGUGAGUUUAUUGUUGGUUUACUUGAUGAAAUAAUUUAUAGAAAGCUCAUUUAUCUAGAUACCUUGACUAAAGAUGGACUGGAAGAAAGAGAAUACCUGUUAGUAAUCUAUUCCUACAAACAAAUGUUUGUCACAUUAAUUUAUGAUAGCUCAACGCCUGAGUUAGACAAUAAGGAGUUUUAUCAAAACUUAAGGUCAGAGUUAUUACCUAUAUUAAAUGAAUUAGAUACGACUAUUAUUAAUGGAGGUAGCCUAAUCGCCUCCACUUCAUCAUUACCCAGAUCUGUCAAUGGUUUGAUUUCUAAUGACACCAUUGAGAAUCAGUUAGAUAGUGAAUUCUUCUUCGUCAUUUAUGAUAAAAAUGAAAACAACUUUAAAUCUUCAUUGCCUUAUUUGCCAUUACCCUUGAAUAGUUUGAGUGAAUUGAACCAAUAUGACAAAGCACAUCUUAAUAUUCGCUCGGCAAUGUUUUAUUUACAUGAUCAACUAUUAGAUAUCUUCUUCUUACAGAAUGAAGGUAAACUUUUCCUUAAAGAGAAUUCCAUCAAGGAAUAUUUCCAUAAAUUCAGUACCAAUAAAAUCAAUGAUUGGAUGUUUUACUACAUUUCCAUGGGGGAGAAAUUCAUCAUCAUCAUAAAGAAUUCGAAUCACAAUAAACGAAAAAAGACAAAGAAAGUAAAUGCUACCACAAUUUCAACCUCAUCCAUAUCGAUGGAGAAUGAUUUGAAAUUAAGUAUUUUGGAAAAUUUGGGAGAUGACGUCAAACUUUGGUUUGAGACCUUCCAAAUGAAUGGUGAUACAUAA